AUGACGUCGGUAAGGAAGAGAAAGAUGAACAGAUCUUCUGUUAAGAAGGUUUCCAGAAGAAACAAAGACAAGCAAAAGAAGAAGCUUAUAGCUUGCAACCCUAUAAUUGCUAAGAACUGGGAUUAUUCUUUGACUCUAGCACAGAACUACGAAAAGCUUGGUCUUAAAGCCAAGUUGCAGACACCUGCAGGUGGUCAGGAAGCCAAGUAUGACACAGUCAUCAAGAAGGAAGCUACCAUCGACCCAGUAACACAAUUUGGCGAAGACUCCGAUUCUGAUUCUGAAGAAGAUAGUUCCAAUAGCCAAGAAGAUAAUGAGGGACAAAAUGUCGAGGAUAUCGACGAGAAUGAGAUACCUGAGGGUGAAGCCAGAAUUAUUCGCGAUGCUGAAGGUAACGUAGUUAAGGUAGUAUAUGGUAAGAAGAAGGUGUUUGAUAUUGAUGAUGAUAUUGAUACAAUUAAGGCAAAACUAGCUGAUCAACAGAAAGAGGAAACUGAGGUCGUCAAACAACUUGAAGCCUUUGCUUCCAGACCAAUUGUGAAAAAGGAAAGAGUACAAAGUCCAAGAGAAGUCGAAUGGUUAGAGAAGUUGUAUAAGAAACACGGCGAUAACUACAAAGCAAUGUUCUUUGACAGAAAAUUAAAUAUAUAUCAACAAUCUGAAGGUGAAAUAAAGAGGAAAAUGAGGAAAUGGAAAUCAGAAAAUAACAUUGCUUAA